UUUCGAUUUCGCAUUCUUCGUCGUUUCUCGUCAACUUCAACAUGUGCGAAGCAAGCGAUUAUACGUUACGAAGUUGAAUUAGUGACGUGCGUAUACGGUGGCUCGUUUGAGCUAGGAAACGUCUAGGGAAAAUUUAUUUGUGUAGGUGAAAUUAAAAUCAAGAUGGAGUAGCGUGUUCGGCACGGAGAUGUACUCCUUGUAUUUAUCCGUUUUGACACCCCGGGGGUAUCGUAAAUAGUUUUAUGGAUAUUCACAAGAGUUUCGAGUGUACGAAGAACAUGAUAAAAAUCACCACCUAGGAAAUUCUCACGGAUAUCAAGUGUAAAUUGACAAGAAUCCAGCUUUGACGAAUCAUAAAACUUCUCUUCUUAUUGACUUCUCUCAAUUUUGCCAACCAUGGGAUCCCCCUGCGACUGGCAAGUAACGAAACAAAAGGUAGCUCAGCGAGGCAAACACAUACUAGAAACGGGGCAAUGGUCAGACUGCAAAUUUAUCGUCGGGCAAGAACCGCAUCAACAGAUCCUUGAAGGGCACAAAUUGUUCUUAGCCAUGUCUAGCCCAGUCUUCGAGGCGAUGUUUUUUGGUGGAAUGGCAGAAAAAAAUGACCCUAUCCCCAUCAGAGACGUUCAGCCUGAAGCGUUUAAGGCCCUGCUUGAAUAUAUUUAUACUGAUAAUAUAGACCUCGGAUCUUUUGAGCUCGCUUGCGAGUUGUGCUACUGCGCUAAAAAGUACAUGCUUCCAUUUCUUGUUGAGGAAUGCACAAAGUUUCUUUGGUCAGAUUUGUCACCAAAAAAGGCAUGCCGUGCCUACGAGUUUGCCAAGCUGUUCGAGGAGCCAGUACUGAUGGAAAAAUGCCUUCAGAUAAUUUGCACAAAGACCAACAGCGUUCUGAGCAAACCAAGUUUUGAGGAAAUCGAAAUUGGUACCUUGGUGACAGUCUUUGAGCAGGAAGAACUGGAAAUCAAUUCUGAAAUUGAAUUGUUUUCUGCCGCCGAACGAUGGGCGAGGUCCGAGUGCAGUAGGAAAGGACUGGAUCCAGAGGACAACAAGUCACUUCGCUCUGUCAUUGGAAAUGCUCUGACGAAAAUCAGAUUUUUAACUUUAACUCCACAAGAAUUUGCUGAAGGACCUGCUGGCUCUUCACUACUAAAUCAGGAUGAAGCAUUUGCUAUUUUGAUGAACAUUUCAUCGAGUGAAAGAAAAUGGCCUAUGCCUGAGGGAUUCUCAACUAAUGUACAAAGCCGUGUCAAGCCAUUAAAGCAGCAUCCCACAAUGGGAGAUUUAUCGACAAUCGGAGUUGUGGCAAGUACCAGUGGAACUAGCACAGCCGGCGGAUCGAACAAUAUGUUGAGCGAUGGGCAAGCACCCAACUCUUCAUCAAAAUUGAAUUCCAGGAGUUUCCUUUUCGGCAAGAAUUCCUCUCAAGACAACACUCUGUGGCCUGGGACUCCACAACAUGUUAGAGCAUUCUCCAUGAAUUCAAGUAAUUCUUCAUUGAACGUAGCAAAUAAUUCGUUAAAUAUGAUGGGAUCUGGUGCUGCGGUUGAGGGUGGCGCAGUUAGAGAAGGCCUCAAAUACUAUUGUCUAAGAUCCAUAGUUCAACAAACUGACUGCUUGAACACAAGCGUCCUGGAUUGUUCUGUUGCUUUCAAUGUCGACAGAAACAUCUGCGUAAUUGGAGUUCAAGUGCCAACUCAGGUCAGAAUUGUUCAAAAUCAAUCCAUUGCUCCAUCUGAUCCAUUUUAUUCAGCAAUUCCUGGCUCUUACACUGAAUUGUUGUAUGCUCAUCUUCUUGACUCUGAUGGGUCGAGAUUAACUUACACACACUAUACUUCACGAGUGAAUGUUGGCAGUUUGGUCGAAAUCACAUUCAACAGACCAGUUUAUAUACAAAGAAAUAAGGUAUAUCGUGUUGGAGUCGUUUUCAAUAAAGUUGGUUGGUACCCCAUGGGCGCUUGUACACAGAGAAUGGCUUGUGACUCGGUAUUUUUCUCUUUCGGAGUUGGGAACAGCUCUGAUAGUGUUCGUGACGGUCUCAUCCGAUCUAUCAUCUUUACCUAUUGAAGGCUGCAGUAUAAAUUAUGAUAUUUUCAGAUCAAAACAUGAAUUUACAUCACAAAAAUAGGCCCAGUCUUUUUUUUCGUUUUGUUAUUAUUUAUUGUCCCGAUUACUUCGGUUGUUUGUUUUCCAGAACACUCUAAUCGAUUUACAUUUAUGAAUGUAAUUCAAGAAAUUUAUUAUAUAAAUAUUUGUUAAUAAAUAACUUAUGUAUAUGUAUGUGUAUAUGUAUACAAUAUAUCGAAUUCAAUAUGUAUACAUAUAUUUAUAUAUUGUACGCAUAUUAGAAUAAUUUGUGCCAAAAAUGCAUUGUGUUAACAACUUUAUUUUUUCUGUUCUAAAUAUGAUUGAGGCAUAAUCGAAUAUAACGCGAAGGACAAAAGAGAACCGUUUAAAGAACUAACUUAGAGUUUGAUAUACCGUACAAAAAAUCUAUUUCUCAAUAUUACUGCUUCAUAAAUAUGUAGACCUAUGAUAUAGUAGCAUUUUACAUGUGUCGCAAAACGAUUUGAGAAUUCAAGCAUUUACGUUUCUAAAAUUGUUUUGAAUGCAUUACUGUCAUAUGUCACUUAAUCUUAUUAUGAACGCAGUUACAUUCUAUCAUACCUCUCG